UCCUGGAGCUGCUGUGAUCAUUGCAUGCAGACUGCUGACAGACACACACCAUGCCUCCUGCUCUCACCAUCCUGAUACUACUACUGCCUUUGUUAGGACAGGUAGAGUCCCUGACAAGGACCUUCUACAUUGGCAUUGUGGAGGAGGAGUGGGACUUUGCCCCCUCUGGCAAGAAUCUCAUCACCGGACAGGACAUAUCCCAGGACAAGCAUGCAUCUGUAUUUCUGGAACCGGGUCCAGACAGAAUAGGACGAGUUUAUAAGAAGGCUAUCUACAGACAAUACACCAAUUCCGAUUAUACAGAAGAAGUGAGUAAGCCAGCCUGGCUAGGGUUCCUGGGUCCCACCAUAAAGGCCGAGGUUGGAGACACCAUCAUUGUUCAUCUGAAGAAUGGUGCUUCCCGGCCAUACACGUUACACCCACACGGGGUCUUCUAUAAGAAGGAUUCAGAGGGUGCCCUUUACCCAGACAAAACCCGAAAAUCGGAUAAACUUGAUGAUGCAGUCCCUCCAGGUGGACAGUACACCUACACCUGGCUUGCUAAACAGGAGUAUGCACCCACCAGUGGAGACCCCAACUGCCUGACAUGGAUCUACCAUUCCCACACCGAUGCCCCCAGAGAUAUUGCAAGUGGAUUAAUCGGGGCACUGCUCACCUGCAAAAAAGGUACUCUGGACAGUUCGAUAAAUCGCCUGGAUGUGGAUAAGGAUUUUGUGGUGAUGUUUACCGUUGUUGAUGAAAAUCUCAGCUGGUACCUGGAGGAGAACAUUCAGACAUAUUGUUCAGAAGCAGACACGAUCAAUGUGGAGGACGAAGAAUUUGAGGAGAGCAACAAGAUGCAUGCAAUUAAUGGAUAUUUGUAUGGAAAUCUCCCGGCUAUGAACAUGUGUGUGGGUGACUCGGUGUCCUGGCAUUUGUUUAGUAUCGGAAAUGAAGUAGAUAUCCACUCAGUCUACUUUCAUGGGCACACAGUUACAAACCUAGGCCACAGAACCGACGUCAUUAAUCUGUUUCCUGCCACAUUCGUCACAGUGGAGAUGACCCCAUCUAAUGCUGGAUCAUGGAUGUUAACCUGCCAAGUGAAUGACCACUUUGAAGCCGGCAUGUUGGGCUUAUAUAAAGUUGAAAAUUGUGGUGCAACUCCUGCGCCUCUCUCGCUGGGACCUGUGCGGAGAUAUUUUAUUGCUGCAGAGAAAGUGCUCUGGGACUACGCACCAAGGAACUACGACAUGUUCGCCAACAGGCCUUUAGAUGACCCAGAGAGUGAUUCCGCAAUCUACUUUACAAAGAGCUCCGAAAGGAUUGGGGGGACUUACUGGAAAGUCCAAUACACUGAGUAUACAGAUGAGUCAUUUAGUGUUAAAAAGACACUCGCAGAAGAAGAAGUACAUCUUGGAAUACUAGGUCCAGUGCUUAAGGCUGAAGUUGGAGAUACAAUUGUUGUUGUGUUUAACAAUAUGGCCGACCAGAACUACAGCAUCAUGGCUCAUGGUGUGUCCUUUGGUAAAGACUCAGAAGGUGCUCCGUAUGAGGAUGGGAGCAAUAAGAAGGGAGGAUCCCAUGUUGGACCUGGGGAGAAAUUCACAUACACCUGGAAAGUUCUAGAAGAAAAUGGACCUACAAACAUCGAUCCAAACUGCCUGACUUACCUUUACUACUCUGCGGUUGACCCAGUCAAGGACACGAACUCUGGACUGGUGGGACCUCUGCUGGUUUGUAAGAAAGGCUCCCUUCGUCCUGACAACACACAGGUACAGAUAAAUAAAGAGCUCUAUUUGCUGUUUGCAAUCUUUGAUGAGAACCUCAGUUGGUAUUUGGAAGAAAACAUUGCCAUGAUUUCAGCAGACCCGGCAAUCAUUGAAAAUGAAGAUUUUAAGAAAUCAAACAAAAUGAACGCUGUCAACGGUUACAUGUAUGGGAACCUGCCUGGCCUCAUCAUGUGUCAGGGGGACAAUGUGUCAUGGCAUCUGCUUGGACUGGGCACAGAGGUAGACAUCCAUAGCAUUCUUUUCCAGGGGAACAUACUCAACUAUGCUGGAACAAAGAGGGAGAUCUUCACUGUGUUCCCACACUCCACGCUCACUGUGACUAUGCAGGCCCACAACGCAGGGGAGUUUGAAGUGAGCUGUCAUUUGAUGGAUCAUCACAGGGAUGGUAUGAAAAAUAAAUUUACGGUGCAAGUGUGUGACAAUUCCACAAGCCAUGAUGAUGUCCAGUAUGGCACCAUGAGGACGUACUUCAUUGCUGCGGAGGAGGUGGAGUGGGACUAUAGUCCGGACAGGUCCUGGGAACUUGAAAAACAUAGCAUCAAUCAAGAUAUGCAUGAGAGCUAUGGAAACAUUUUUCUGAACUCUGAUGGAGACUUCAUUGGAUCAAAAUACAAGAAAGUGGUUUACAGGGAAUACACAGACGGACAGUUCACACAGCGGAAGGAGAGGUGCGAGGAGGAGAAGCAUCUGGAAAUACUCGGUCCAUUCAUUCGGGCGGAGGUUGGAGACAGUAUAUUGAUCGUAUUUAAAAACAAAGCCACGCAUCCACAUUCUAUUUACGCACAUGGCGUUCAGAUGGUCAAUUAUCUUGCUGAACCUACUCAGCCAGGGGGAACAAAAACCUACCAGUGGAACAUUCCAGAAUAUCUAGGACCAGGAAUUAAUGACCCCAAUUGUUUAACAUGGGCCUAUUAUUCUGUGCAAAACCAUGUGAAGGAUUUGUACAGUGGCCUGGUGGGACCAUUGAUAACUUGCAGGAAGGGAGUGUUGGACAGCAAAGGUCGUAGAAAAGAUGUUGAUCGGGAAUUUGCUGUUCUCUUCUUGGUGUUUGAUGAGAACAAUUCAUGGUACCUAAAUGACAAUAUUGAAAGAUAUAUUCACAAGGACCCCAGUGAUGUCAAUAUCACAGAGGAUUUUGAGGAAAGUAAUAAAAUGCAUGCAAUAAACGGUAAGAUGUACGGAAAUCUACAUGGCCUGACCAUGAUCGAGGGUGAAAAGACCAACUGGUACCUGAUAGGACUGGGGGAAGAAGUUGACAUGCACACUGUCCAUUUCCAUGCUCAAAGCUUCCUGUACAGGAAAGACACUGAACACCGAGCAGAUGUGUUUGACCUCUUUCCUGGGACAUUUCAGACUAUAGAGUUGGUGGCUGGUAACCCAGGGACCUGGCUUUUUCACUGUCAUGUCAAUGAUCACAUCCACGCUGGCAUGGAGACAACCCUUACUGUGAAGGAGAGUUCAGAGGCAAUUGCUCGUCCCAAAAAUGCUGACCCCACCGGAGUGCCAUUCCUGGGGAAAGUCCUAACAGUGGACCAGGCAUACACGGCUCUGGUCUCUCUCCUGUCCAUCGGUUUGGUCCUUUUGGUGCUGCUGGUGGUCGUACUGUCAUCUCUCCACUUUAGAAAGAAGAAGAUGCACUACAAUACAAUUUAUAAUGGAUCACUGCCAUUGAAUCCCAUAUGAGAACUCCUCUGAUACACUGGAUGCUCAAUGAACAAGUGCCUCGGAACUCUGUGCAGCUGCACUUUACUACUACGUGUUUACAAGCAAGAUAUGGAAUGCUGAGAGGUGUCUACAUCCCCCCACCCAAAAGUGAACUUUAUGCUGAAUGUAAAUGGGGAGAUGGCAAGGUGGGGAGGAAGUGGUUAAAUACCUCCCAGGCCCGCGCUGCUUAGACCCCUUUCACACUGAGGUACUUUUCAGACGCUUUCAAGCUAAAAAAAAGCGACCGAAAAGCUCACAAAAACCUAUUUCCAUUAAAAAGAAUGAAUGCUUUCACACUGGGGCAGUGCGCUGGCAAAGCGGUGAAAAAAUGCUCCUCUCCAAUGAAAUUAAUGGAAAGCUCUUCAAAAAGCGCCUGAAAAGCUCUUCCAAAGCACACAGGCCCGGAUUCACA